AUGGAUCCAAAAGGGUGGUAUGCACUAUUUACUAAGUUUGAGGUUGUGAGGGAUAUGUUCAUUCCAAACAAAAGGAGGAAGAUGCCGCGAUCAAGAUUUGGAUUUGUACAUUAUAGUUGUCCAGUGGAAGCAAGAAUGGCAGUUCAGAAAGCAAAUGGACUAUGGUGUGACAACAGAACAUUGAAGGUAAAAGUAGUAGAGUUUGUUAAAGGUAAGGAAGUUAGACAGGGGCCAUCAGAGAUAUUAGUUGAUAGGAGAGGUGUAGGUAGUACUAGUUGGGCUCCUGUUGCGGUACAAGGAAGAAAGUCAUAUGCCCAAGCUGUGAGUAGAAGAGGACUAGCAGCCAAUACAAGUAUAACCACAAGUGGCAGCAAAAUUUUGAAGGGUUGUGUGAUUCUAUGA